GUUAGAGCAAUACACUCCUCCGCACCUCCUCUUUUUAUCAUCACAAGUGGAGGGGAGAAUAGAAAGGAGCCGGGCACCUGUUGUUCUGGGAUGAGCGGCGUUGUGACAUGAGGACGGACGAUCGACCAUCUCUCUCGAAGAUCAAGAUCCAGCCAUGGAUAACAGUAGCUUGGGCUGGUCAGCGGAUAUCGACGUGGUUUCCAACACGUCUUCGUCUCCCCGCGGCUCCGUCGAGGACCUCUGCGCUACCUCGGCAAGGCGCCGGGCCUCCCGCGUGACCCUGUAUGCCUUCCUCACGGCAGGGAUAGUGUGCACGGUGGUGGGCAACUUCCUGGUGGUCCUGGCCAUAGCCUACUUCAAGCAACUGCAGUCCCCCACCAACUCGUUCGUCACAUCGUUGGCGGUGGCCGACUGCCUGGUGGGGUUGGUGGUCAUGCCGUAUAGCAUGGUGCGCACCGCUGAGGGCUGCUGGCUUUUCGGCGCCGUCUUCUGUCGGAUACACUCCAGCCUGGAUGUCAUGCUGUGCACGGCGUCAAUCUUUCACCUCAGCUGCAUCGCCUUCGACCGCUACUACGCCGUUUGUAACCCCUUGGUCUACCACCAGAAGAUGUCCCAGGGCCGGGUCGCCCUGCUCAUCGUGGCCUGCUGGGCCGUCCCGCUGUUCAUUUCCUUCGGCCCCAUCAUGCUGGGACUCCACGAGGCAGUGGCGCCCGCGGCGCCGGACAACACGUGCGUCUUCCUGGUCAACCGUGUCUAUGCCGUCGCGGCCUCGCUGGUGGCCUUCUACCUGCCCAUGGGCGUCAUGCUGGCGGCCUACUGGAAGAUCUACAGGGCGGCCAAACGGCAGGCCAUGCAAAUCAGCGCCAUGGAGAGCCAGUUCUCGGCGGGGGUGGGCAAAGACUCCAGCAAGGAGCAGAGGCACCGCAACGCCAUGAGGAGGGAGCGCAAAGCGGCUCAGACCCUGGGAAUCAUCAUGGGAGUUUUUCUCCUCUUCUGGCUUCCCUUCUUCACCGUCAACAUCGUGGAUCCCUUCGUGGACCACGGCACCGCGGCGGAGGUGUGGGAGGUCUUCCUGUGGCUGGGAUACGUCAACUCGUCACUUAAUCCUUUCCUGUACGGGCUCUUCAACAGAUCCUUCCGGAGGGCAUUCGUCAUGAUUAUGGGAUGUCGGAUAUGCGCACAAAGCUUGUCGCCAGGAAUGGAUUUAUCAAAAGAGGGCAAUGAACACACUAACAAAUAAAUGACUAGAGACUGUGUGUUACUCAUGCAGGUACCCUGUAUGUGCGUUUGUGUUUUUCCCCUCCUGUCGUUU